CCAUCUUUCUUCUUUGUUCUACCCCCUUCUGCCCCCCAUACCCUCCCCUUUCCAUCUCUUAUCAGAUUAAGACCCCACCAUCAAUUAGACUCACAAGAGAUCACCACUGAAAUGACAACCUACCAAAUCCCCCCCCUCGUAGCCUCCAAGGUCUCACCAUCCGCCCAUGCCCUCCUUCAGAAAGUCCACCACUUUGUUGAGACAGAAUGCGUCCCGGCGGAUGCCGUCUUCGAUGCUCAGCAGCCCACUAACCCAGCAAAGCGCUUCCUAAACACCUACCCAACCAUAAUCGACGCCCUAAAGGCGCGGGCCAGAGCACGAGGGCUCUGGAACCUCUUCCUUUCGCAAAAGCACUACCCAGAGGGCGUUCCGCUCACAAAUCUAGAAUACGGCCUUAUGGCCGAAAUUAUGGGACGAAGUCUCAUAGCCUCGGAAGCAAUGAACUGCUCAGCGCCGGACACAGGCAACAUGGAAGUCCUAGCCAAAUACGGCUCACCAGCACAAAAGGCCCAAUGGCUCACACCACUACUAGAAGGAAAGAUCCGCAGCGCCUUCGCGAUGACUGAACGCCACCGCGCCUCGGCCGACGCAAAGAACAUCAACCUGGAAAUCACAAGACAAGGCAACGAAUACGUCCUAAAUGGGACAAAAUGGUGGAGCAGCGGCGCCGGCGAUCCACGGUGCAAGGUCUACCUAGUGAUGGGGAAAUCCGAGGCCUCAAACCCAAACCCUUACAAGCAGCAAUCCGUCGUCAUAGUCCCGGCCGGUACACCGGGCGUGCAGGUCCGCCGCGUGCUAUCAGUAUACGGGUACGACGACGCCCCGCACGGACACUGCGAGAUCACCUUCAACAACGUGCACGUUCCGCUUGAGAAUAUGGUCCUCGGCCCCGGCCACGGCUUUGAGAUUAUUCAGGGCCGGUUGGGACCAGGGAGGAUACACCAUUGCAUGAGAUCCAUCGGGGCAGCGGAGCGCGCGCUAGAAUACAUGAUCGCCCGCGUCAACGACCCGGACCGGAAAACCUUUGGCAAGCUCCUCUCCGAGCACGGCUCCAUCCUGGAAUGGAUCGCCAAGUCCCGUAUCGAGAUCGACGCUGGCAGACUGCUGGUGCUAAACGCCGCUGACAAGAUCGAUAAUUCGGAUGCGAAGGGCGCCGUGAGCCUCAUCGCUCAGGCGAAGAUCUAUGUGCCGAGUAUGAGCCUUGCUGUCAUCGAUCGCGCGGUUCAAGCGCAUGGCGCUGCAGGCAUUAGCCAGGACUUCCCGCUCGCGAGGAUGUGGGCACACCAGAGGACCCUGAGGAUCGCGGAUGGGCCGGACGAGGUGCACUUGAAUCAGCUGGGGAGAGCGGAGAAUAAGAGGAGUAAGGAGAUGUGAGUUUCCCCUUUCCGGCAUCUUCAACACUCUAUGAUGCUGAUUGUUGAGUACAGUGAGGAUAAGAUCGCCAUGCAAACUAAAAAGACCCAGGAGCUCAUGCAGGAGUUUGGGAUCCAGGUUAGGGCGAAUUUGUAGCAGUAGCAUUGUUUUUUUUGUUUUUUUUGUUUUUUUCGGGAUUUUCUUAUUUUGUAUAUUUACUUUUGGCUGUUGGGAAAUGAUAUCUCGGACACGAAUUGCUCGGAAUAGCACGUGGGUCCUCUUGGCAUCGGUCAUUAUACUUUGUGCUUAUACAAUGAGAUGGGAUAAAUGAAUACCCUUCGAUCUAACAAAUCCCCGUCAUCCAUUACA